AUCGCUCGCUUUGGCGCUCACCGUGGCUGGGCGCUCCCAUUCCCCCAUUCCCCGGAUGGUCUCUUCUCGCCCCAUCGCAUAGAUCUCUCGCGGCGCCAGCAAGGAUCCGGCGCAUCGAUCGGCAUUGUGUUGGAUCGAUCCAUCCGCGCAGUGGCAGUGAGUUGUGGGCUCUUUUCUGACCUAAAUUUCGGCGCCCAGGGAUGUGGGAGCGGUGGAGGCAGCAGUUCCGGAGGAAGAGGAAGAAUCCGGAUCAUCUGGAUCCGGUGGGGAUGAGCGUCCUGCCCACAUUCUCCACCUCCGCCGCCACCGGCGCCGCCGCCAAGAAGAAGAAAGACUCCCGGAAGAUCCGCCAGCGCCAACUCUUCCGCGUCUCCUCCGUGGCCGCCGGGAUCCAAUUCGGCUGGGCCUUGCAGCUCUCCCUCCUCACUCCAUACGUCCAAGAGCUGGGAAUCCCUCACACAUUCGCCAGUUACAUAUGGCUUUGCGGCCCCAUUACCGGAAUGCUCGUCCAGCCCAUCGUCGGGUACUACAGCGAUAACUGUAGGAGCCGAUGGGGGCGCCGCCGCCCCUUCCUCGUCGCUGGAUGCGUUUGCGUGAUCAUCGCGGUGCUCAUCAUCGGCUUCUCGGCCGAUCUGGGACACCUCUUUGGUGAUUCGAUGGAGAGUACUACCAAGACGCGGGCCAUUGUGAUGUUCGUGCUGGGAUUCUGGCUGCUCGACCUCGCGAACAACACUCUCCAGGGGCCGUGCCGAGCGCUCCUGGCCGAUCUCACAGGCCGCAGCCAGAGAAGAACGCGAAGAGCAAACGCUUUCUUCUCGCUCUUCAUGGCCAUUGGCAACAUUCUGGGCUUUGCAACCGGUGCCUACGGCAACUGGGCCAAAGUUUUUCCUUUCGCUAUCACGACAGCGUGUGACAUGGCCUGCGCCAACUUGAAGUCCGCGUUCUUCCUCGACAUCAUAAUGCUCAUAUUCACAACGCUGCUCAGCAUCACGGCCGCUCCAGAGGUUCCACUCUCGGAGAUCUUACGAGGCGGCGGCGUUGGUGCUGGUGGUGGUGGCAGCAGCCAUGGCAGCAGCAAAAACGACGGCAGCAACAGCACCAGCACGCUGAAAAGGAUCCUCAGCAACAGCUCCGAGCGCCGGGACGUGGAAAACGCUCACGGCCGGCAAAACUUGAGCGACAGCACCGUCGAGAAUGGCAAGCUCGUGGCCAAGCCGUGGAACAACCUCAGUGCCGACCAUGGCAAAGAGCUCGAGACCAUCCUCAGCAGCGAAGGCUUGUCCGAAUCUCCACACGGUCCGGAGGUGUUGCCGACUUGCGAGACCGAGAACAAGGCCUUCUUCUGGGAGCUUUUCAGCACCAUGAAGACGCUGCCCCGGCAAAUGUGGUACAUCCUGCUCGUCACGGCUCUCACUUGGGUGGCGUGGUUCCCAUUCUUGCUCUACGACACGGACUGGAUGGGGCACGAGAUCUACAGAGGACAGCCCGACUCGAGGCUCCAGGCCAGAACCGAUUUGUACAACAAGGGAGUGAGGAUGGGAUCGUUCGGACUGAUGCUCAACUCUGUGGUGCUGGGACUCACGUCACUCAUGGUGGAGCCUUUGUGUCGACGAGUCGGGCCGAGCUACUUGUGGGGAUUUGCGGAUGUGAUCCUGGCGUUUUGCUUCGCCGGUAUCGUCGGGAUCACCAAGGUGGCCGGGAAAGGACGCAGUCCGCCAUCAGCAGGUGUUUUGACAGUCGUUCUCCUCCUCUUUUCGAUCCUUGGAAUACCACUGGCAGUCACGUACAGCGUUCCGUAUGCUCUGACUGCGAGCUACACGAGCUCCAUCGGCGGUGGUCAAGGGCUCUCUAUGGGAGUUUUAAAUCUUGCCGUUGUCAUCCCACAGGUUAUAAUCUCGCUCGGAAGUGGGCCUUGGGACCAAGCAUUUGGAGGAGGAAACAUACCAUCGUUUCUCGUUGCCUCGGGUGCCGCGCUGAUUGGAGGAGUGUUGGCCAUCACCAAGCUACCAAAGACUCACACCAAGCGUGACCACAAGCCUCCACCGAUCGAGGUCGAGUUUCCUACGCCAGGUAUCCGGCGAACACGAAGCGCUCCAGUCUUUUCGAAGAUGGCUUGAGCCUUCGUCGUUCGUUUUUCUCUCUUUUUUUUCUUGUUGCCUGGCUCAUCGUCUAUAACUUUGUGUAUGAUGACUAUUUGCGCAAGUUUGUACUGCUGUGUAGCAUAUUGUGUAUACAGAAGCGCUUUCUCCCGUUCCAGAUUUUCGCAAGGAAAUCUGCCUGUGUAGAGAAAUCGCUAUAUAACAAAACCUUUACAAUAAAACUGAUGAGCAAUUAUUAAUA